GCCUGUAGCCCGUUUGGCAGCAGCGCUGCAAUCUGCAGUGCAGAGUGCGCAUAUCAGCGUCCUUAAUCGGUGUGCUGGAGCUCCUCAAACUUCAACGUAGAUUCUAGCGAUUGUCACAGCAGUUCCCUAGCGUUAUCUCCCCACCAGGAUAAAAUGUCAGCCCCAACGAAGACCCAAGUGAAGGACGCACCAAAAGAGAAGUCCGCUGGCAAGUCUUCUGCCAAGGAUCCCAAGAAACUCCCAUCGGUCCCGGAGACUUUGCUGAAGAAUCGCAAGCGCGGGGCUGAAGCGAAGCAGCGAGCGGCGAACAAGGCGAUCAAGAGACGCCAGAAGGCCAAAGUGACCCGGGGACUGAUUUUCAAGCGCGCCGAACAGUAUGUCAAAGAGUACCGGGCCAAGGAGCGCGAUGAAGUCAGACUGAAGCGCCAGGCUAAGAAGGCCAAGAACUUUUACGUCCCGGAUGAGCCCCGCUUGGCCUUUGUGGUCCGUAUUCGCGGUGUGAACGGCGUCAGUCCGAAGCCGCGACAGGUGAUGAAGCUGUUCCGUGUGCGUCAGAUCAACAACGGUGUCUUCGUCAAACUGAACAAGGCUACGCUGAACAUGCUACGUCUGGCUGAUCCCUACAUUGCCUGGGGGUAUCCCAAUUUGAAGACCAUUCGGGACCUCGUUUACAAGCGUGGUUAUGGCAAAGUGCAGGGACGUCGGAUUCCACUGAACGACAACUCCCUCAUUGAAAAGGCUUUGGGCAAGUUUAACAUCAUUUGCGUGGAGGACAUCAUCCACGAGAUUUACACCGUGGGCCCGCAUUUCAAGCAGGCGACCAACUUCCUUUGGCCCUUCAAGCUGAAUAAUCCCACCGGAGGAUGGAGAAAGAAGACCAACCACUUCGUCACUGGCGGUGAUUUCGGUAAUCGGGAAGAGAAGAUCAAUGUUUUGCUUAGAAAAAUGAUUUAAUUGUCCCUAGUUUUCAUUUCGAUCGCUGUUCUGUGCAACUUCAAUAAAAUCCAAAAUAUAA